AUGACGCAAAUAGAAUUGCGUCUCAUCCCCGUACCAGGUCAGAAGCCUGAAUUUUUGGCUAUUCUAGAGCCCCUUCCCGGCUCGCCGCCCUUGUGGCAAACCUCCAAAGUGUCACAAAUCGUGCUUGAAAACUAUACUCGAGAAUCGUGGGCGAUGGACACCGCAGCGAAAUGGUACACGCUACAAUUUCAAUCCAUCGAUGGGAGACAGAAACUUCCAGGCUUUCAAACGCACUUGCGAGAUAGAAAGAAGUCAGCUUUUGGAAGGUUCGGAGGAGAUAAAGUGAUCGUCGUACCACACAAGCAAAUGAGUUCCAAGACGUUGACAUGUCGAGUUGCCAAUCUCGACGCGCUGCAAGGCUGCCCACUACAACCAAAAGUAAAGGCUCCGCCACCCAUAUCCAGCUCCAAACCUGUACCUACAAAGUCGGUACCCCCAAAGAGCUCCUCCACCAGUAAUAACUCCAACCCAAAGAGGAAAAAGGCUGGACUCCUUGGUAAUUUAGUUGGAGCUCAGAACCGAACGAACACCGCAGUGAUGAGUUCCAGGGCUCAGAAAGCGCAAUCGGAUAAUCCAUCCUCACAGCCAGGAUCUCAAUCUCAAGGCUCAGCCAACGGUGGUAGCAGCGGUCCUUCGGCUAGCGGCGAGCCCUUGAAAACAGCGGGUCAAGUGCUGAUGGACUUCCGUCAAGAGAUGGAACAGGAAAUGCUAGAUUUUGAUAUUUCUCCCGAACCAAAGCUCACGGUCAAGGUCACUCUGGCCAGCAAGACCCGCUUACUGUCUGAAGAAGACAAGCUGAGUGGCAGGGUCACAAUGGAAGUCCUCAAGUACAUUGUGUAUGAAGCUGCUGAAGAAGUCAACGAAGAAUGGAUUGCGCACAAGGAGCCAUCAGAAUUCAUGGACGAAGUCGAAAUAUCUAUUUACAAGGAGGGUGAGGCCCCGCCAGAUGUCAUUGAAGAUAUCAACAAGGCCGAGCUUCCGGAUGAAAUUCUGGGCCAGCAGCGUGCGAUGCAACAGCAGCAACAACGAUUGAAUGCUUCUAGGGACAUGAAGGACAGGCAAGAAAAGCAACGAUUGGCGUUGGCGCAAGAGUCAGGGGAAGACUUUGCCCAACUCAAUACCAAAAAGCGGGAUCGCAGAACCAUUGAAGAGAUUCAAGCGGAAAUGCAAGAUCCCAAGCGACAACGUAGUUCAUAG